CCUUCCCCUUUAAAUCCAGACCCUCCGCCAUGUCGGCAUAGACAACAGCUUCCUCUGCUUCUGCAUCCCCUGUCUCCCCCUCUCUGGCUACCACUUUCUGCCGCGUCAGCUACGUCUUUUUUCCUCUCUCUCCCCUCCCUGCCAUGCUCCGGGUUACCUCACUGCUGCUCGCCCUGCUGUUCGUUCUGUUGCCGGGCUCGGGCUGGGGUUAUUUCCCGGAGGAGCGCUGGAGCCCCGAGUCGCCGCUGCUGGCUCCCAGGGUCGUCAUCGCGCUGGUCUGCCGCAACUCGGCCCACUCUCUGCCGCUGUUCCUCGGAGCCGUCGAGCGGCUGAACUACCCGAAGGACCGCUUAGCGCUCUGGGUGGCGACAGAUCACAACAUAGACAACACCACAGCGAUCCUAAGAGACUGGCUCAUCGUGGUGCAGAAUUACUACCAUUAUGUGGAGUGGCGACCUGAUGACGAAAACAGUGCCUUUGAGGACGAAGUGGGGCCAAAACACUGGAAUAAUCUCCGAUAUGAACACGUGAUGAAACUACGGCAGGCAGCGCUGGACACUGCCCGCGAGAUCUGGGCCGACUAUCUCCUGAUGGCCGACUGUGACAACCUGCUCACUGACAGAGAUGUGUUGUGGAAGCUGAUGAGGGAAAACAAGACCAUCGUCGCCCCCAUGCUGGAGUCCAGAGCCGCUUACUCCAACUUCUGGUGCGGGAUGACUUCACAGGGUUAUUACAAGCGCACCCCGGCCUACAUGCCCAUUCGCCGCUGGGAGCGCCGGGGCUGUUUCGCUGUGCCGAUGGUCCACUCCACCUACCUGGUGGAUCUGAGGAAAGAAGCCUCCAGUCAGCUGGCUUUCUACCCGCCGCACCCCGAGUACAGCUGGGCGCUGGACGACGUCAUUAUCUUUGCUUACUCUGCUCGCAUGGCAGACGUGCAGAUGUACGUGUGCAACAGAGACACCUACGGGUAUUUCCCGGUGCCCAUGCGUUCCCACGCGACCAUGCAGGAUGAAAUGGAAAGCUUUUUGCACACUCACCUUGAGAUCAUGGUGAAUAAUCCUCCAUUGGAGCCCUCCGGCUUCCUGUCUCUUCCUCCCAAGCAUCCAAACAAGAUGGGCUUUGAUGAGGUCUUCAUGAUAAAUCUGGUUCGUCGAGCCGACCGCCGCGAGCGAAUGCUGAGAACUUUGUACGAGCAGGAGAUCAGCUGCAAGGUCAUUGCUGCUGUGGAUGGCAAAGCUCUGAAUACGUCUGACAUAGAUUCCAUGGGGAUUAAGAUGCUCCCGGGAUACAAAGACCCUUAUCACGGCCGGCCCCUCACCAAGGGCGAGCUGGGUUGUUUCCUCUCUCACUACAACAUCUGGAUGGAGAUCGUGCAGCGCGGCCUCCAGACGACCCUGGUGCUGGAGGACGACCUCCGCUUCGAGGUGUUCUUCAAACGCCGGCUCCAGGCGCUGCUGCAGGAGGUGACCGCACACAAACUGGACUGGGAUCUUAUAUACAUCGGACGGAAGCGGAUGCAGGUGGACCACCCGGAGAAGUCCGUCCCGAACGUCCACAACCUGGUGGAGGCCGACUACUCCUACUGGACGCUCGGCUACAUGUUGUCUCUGCAGGGAGCCCAGAAGCUCCUCAUGGCCGAGCCUCUGAGCAAGAUGCUCCCCGUCGACGAAUUCCUCCCGGUCAUGUACGACAAGCACCCCAUUUCGGAGUACAUGGAACCCUUCGAGCGGCGGGACCUGCGGGCGUUUUCCGCCGAGCCGCUGCUGGUGUACCCGACCCACUACACGGGGGACGCGGGCUACGUCAGCGACACAGAGACGUCCGUGGUGUGGGACAACGAGACCGUCAAGACGGACUGGGACCGGGCCAAGUCGAGGAAGACGCAGGAGCAGGGCGAGCUGAGCUUCAAGGCACAGAACUCAGACGUGCUGCAGUCCGAGCUGGAGAACGUGAGCGCACGGGACGAGCUGUGAAGAAGAAGAAGAAGGAAAGGGAGAAGCAGAGCUCCAACACACGGAUACAAGGGAGACUGAAAAAAGCUGUGAUGCAGAGUACAGAGGAAAGUAUGGAGGGAACAUGAUCAAAAAGAGACUGAGAGGCAGAGCUAAUGGAGGCUUAGUUCACCAGGAAAAAAACAGCUUUCUUAUAGAUUUCUGGCUCCACUAAUGGAUCUUUCUCCUGAGAGAUUAGACGUCGGGUUAACUCUUGAAGAGUCUGCUAACACCUUCUGCUUUAUUUAUUGCAGUCGAUACAAAUGUCUUGCUUUAAGUGUGGUCCAGUUAUUUAAAAAAAAAAUUUUUUACAUAAACUUUUCUGAAACUAAUGCAAACGUUCACUUAGACUUUCUGUGCAUCUGAGAAGAAAACAAGAAUGCGUUUAUGUAGGGUUGAAACAAGUGGAUUAAUUCAUUGUUGGGAUAAUCAUCUAAUUUAGCAAUCGAUUAAUCGGUAAAGGGAGUAAACAGACUCAAAAAAAUGCCUUUUGUUGAAAGAGCAACAUGCUGAGGGCAGUAAUGAACUGUAAGACAGAAUAUACAUUUUGCCUUUCAGAUGAAACCUUUUCAGUAAAUAUGUUCUGUGCAAAACUCCUGAAGUGGCAUUUUUAGCUUCACCUGCUUCAAAUUCUAGUUCAACCUUACCUUAUUAUUGUGAAUAUAGGAGUAUAUUUUGGGCUAAAAUAAAUAGUUAGAUCACAUUUUAUUUUGCAUGGACCGACUCUGCAGCUCCUCGGGUGUCUAGGUUUGUGAGCUCCUGCAUGUCCACAACCUGUGACCAUUUAAACCAAGAAACAUUGUUUCUUUGUUUUUUAAUUUUUUAUUUUUAGGGUUAAUGCAGAUGAUGAAAGCAAUAAAGAAAACAGUUGUAGAAGAAACAUGUUCAAUUGUUCCUGCUCUCUGUUUUGGAUGUAUCUUGUUAUGCCUGCCUGAGGUUCUGACGCCAAUGUUUCUCUGUUAGUGCCUCUCAUCGUCUUGUUUAAGGUAAACCUCUGACAUUUCUUUUGUUUUUAACAAUGAAUGUAUCCGAGUCUCUUCUUGCCAAAGAAACAUUUUCACGUUUGGACAGCAGCAGAUUUGAUUGUCUCUAUGUUUUUUUUUUUGUUUUUGUUCUUUUCUGCUCUUGACCUUUUGCCAGAUUUAUUAGCAAACCAGCAGCUUGUGUUGCGUGUUUGUAUAAAUUUGCAAAUAUAGAAUUUUAUAAAAAAAAAACAAACUAACAAAGUCUCAGCUUUGUUUUCUGCACGUCUUUCUUGCCAAAUGUUGCCGCUUUACAGAAGCAUUCAAAGCCCUUUAAAACGUUGUCAACAGCCACAAAGUUCAAUUUAUUUUAUUAGGAUUUAAUGUGACUGAGUCACACAACAGCAGAGCACAGGUAAGACUUUUUACAAAAUGUUCUUCUAUUUUUUUUUCUUACAAAUAAAUGUUUGUCUGUACAGUGUGUAUAAAAAGUAUUCAUACUUUUACAUGACCAAUAAAAUCUGCCUUUCUUUUUUUAACAAAAA